AUGCCUCCACCACUACCUGUGCGAGCAAAUGUGCUCAGACAGCUUAUAUGUAAAUCUACGGCUCGUGUAGAAUGCCAAUUGAUCCUCAAAACAACACCCCUCACCCAACCACUUGCAGCAAGAUCAACAAAUCCUCACGUCACAUUGCAACGCCAAUUCUCACAAACGCCCCUUCUCCUCAAGAAAAAAGGACGCGCUGAUCGCGAAGAAGCAGCAUCCUCCCAAGCCACAGAAGUCGAAGACCCGUACGAUUUCUCAACCUUAGAAAGCGGGAUCGAGAAAGUCCUCGAGAAGCUGAAAAAGGAUCUAUCGAAGUUACGGACCGGUGGCAGGUUCAAUCCGGAGGUACUGGAGAAUCUGAGGGUGCAUUUGGUGAAGGAUAGUAAGGCGAGUGAAAAGCUGGGUGAUUUGGCGCAGGUGCUGCCCAAAGGGGGAAGGAGCCUGAUGAUUUUGGUGGGGGAGAAGGAUCAUAUCAAACCAAUCAUAUCAGCAAUUCAGGGCUCGAAAGAUCUGAAUUUGCAACCGAUCCAGGAUGCUAAGAACGCUGCUCAAUUGAACGUACCUAUACCACCACCUACGAAAGAAUCUCGAGACUUAGCAUUAGCAGCAGCUAGCAAGACAGGAGAAAAUGCCAAUGUAGGAAUCAGAAAUGCAAGAGGAGCCAUGCAGAAACGUCUCAGGGCUAUGGAGAUCAAGAAGACGAUACGGCCAGAUGAUCUGAAGAAGGCGUCGAAAGAGAUGGAGAAAAUUGUAGAGAAGGGUGUUGCUGAUGUAAAGAAAACUGUUGAUGCUGCUAGGAAAGGCAUGGAACAGGCUUGA